UUUUUUUAUGUAUCCGUUUCUUUAUGUAUUAUUUAUUUCUUUUUAUUUUUUAGGUGUUUGUGUUUGUGUUUUUUCUUCUGUUGGCUUAAAAGGUCUGUCCAAGGAUGCCAUGUAUACAAAAUCAUUGAAACUGUCAGGUGACAAUUUUUAUCAAAUCAUCCAACCAACUCGAUUUACGGAUUGAAACCAUUCAUCGGGGCAUUGCCAUCCUUGUUCCUGGGAUGAUGAUUAUAUGCAGGGUUUUAAUAAUUCUACUUUAUUCAAGUUCUUAUCCACUGUCCAAUUCAAGAAAAUGUAUCUGUUUUGGUAUAGGGGUGAAAGUGAAAUUAUCUGAAUAUUCCCACUUUUCACAGCACUUAAAUUAUUGAGUAGGUGCCCCUCUUGGCCAACCUACCCAUGUGCAGCACAUGGCUGCUAAUUCCUUUCCAGUUUCCCAAUCCUCAAAUCAAGCAUCCAUCUUUGAUCUGCCAAAUAAUAAAAAAGAGAACACACCACCAACCAUUAGAAAACCCAAUAAACACCCACAAAAGCAGCUUCUUCUUCUCCUCCUCCUCUCGUCGUCAGAUCGAUCACAUUCUCUCAGACAAACAUGAACCUGCCUAGAACUAGAACAACAGCAACAAAAUCGAUCUUGUUGUUUUCUCCCCUUGUAACUUUGUGCGUUCUCUUAUCUUACACUGACUGGAUUACUAAAGGAUGUUCAUGUUCUGCCCUCUGCGUGUGGAUGCUACCUUUUCUGGGGCUGGUUUUGACGGUGACAUUGGUGAUAGUCGCCGCUCGGGCCACCAUGGUGACAUGGAUCACAGUGCUGGUGCUGCUAGCCUUUGCAGGAAAGCGUCGCCGGGUGCUGGCUCAACAUGGAAGGAAGAUCACUGCUGAUGUUGCAAUACAUUUGUUCAGGAUUUUGCUCAAAGAAAGAGGCCUUGUCGCGGUGGUUUGUGCAACAAUUGUGAGCCUCAUGGCCAUGGUUCGCCUGAGAGAGGCUGAAUGAUUUCUUGCUUUUAUUUCCCCUCUUUUGUAGAUCGAGUUGUUCUCAAAAGAUGUAAAAAAGGAAACUUUCCCAACUUGCAUUUGGGAUCUAGUUGAGAAGUAGAUUGAGAUCCCUUCUCGUUAGAAGUCCCUGCCAUUUUUUGGGGGGCAUUCUGCACUUAGAAUCCAUAUAGGGGCUCUCUGUAAUUUGUCUAUAUUGUAGUGGCUAGGAUUCUCAGUUAAAACUGUAAAUUUUUUAAAUAUUAUAUCUAACUCAAACUGGGAUCCUUUUUUUGGUUGUUA